UGGGACCCCUGUGGGUAUCCGUACUACGCCAUCCAUUGAAAUUAACCCUUGGAAUUGGGUCUUUUGCGGCAUCCAAACACCCCCGGCCCCGAAAGGAAAGACACCGCUGGCGGCAAGAUUUCAGCGGAGCUCAAUCUUAAUAAUGAUGUGAAAAUCGCAUGAUCUCAGUCCCGUUGUUCUUAUCAAUCUUUCUCUCCUUCAUCUUCAUCUUUUUUCUUGCAAUUCUCUGCUGGUGUAACUGUAAAUUCACAUCGCAAUUGCUUCACCAUGGACGCUAUACUCGAGCUCCUCGACCCGUAUGUCUUCGAUUACGGAUAUGCAUACCUUUUCCCCCAACAACAGCUCCAAUCAACAAAGGCAUACGGAAACUCGACAAACUACGCCUCGUCUUCCAAGAACUUUGACGAUGAGUACUCUCUCAACUUUGGCUCGUCACUACCGCGCGACGACAUCUACCGCCAGAGCGCCUCCAUUCUCUUGAUCGCUGGCUUCGGCGCCGCCUUCAUCUAUGUCAUUUCCGCCGCCCUUUCGUACUACUUCGUUUUUGAUCGCCGUCUCGAAUAUCACCCUCGAUUCCUCAAGAACCAGAUCAAGCUCGAGAUCCAGUCUAGUUUCUUCGCCAUUCCCAUUAUCGAUCUUCUCACGCUCCCUUUCUUCCUUGGAGAAGUGCGCGGUCACAGUCUGCUGUACACACGAAUUGACGAGUACGGAUGGUGGUGGUUGGCCGUGUCUACUGCCCUCUACAUGAUCUUUAAUGAUCUUGGCAUUUACUGGAUUCAUCGCCUUGAGCACCAUCCCAGUAUUUACAAGUAUGUUCACAAGCCUCACCACAAGUGGAUCAUUCCCACCCCCUGGGCUGCCAUUGCUUUCCACCCUGUCGACGGGUACCUCCAAUCCCUCCCUUACCAUGUCUUUGUCUACAUCUGCCCCAUGCAGAAGCACCUUUACAUGUUCCUCUUCGUCUGCGUUCAGAUCUGGACCAUCCUUAUCCACGACGGCGACAUGAUUACUGGCCAUUGGCUCGAAAAGUUCAUCAACAGUCCUGCCCACCACACUCUCCACCACAUGUUCUUCACCUGCAACUACGGCCAAUACUUCACAUGGGCCGACAACUACUGGGACUCUCACCGUGCUCCCAUGCCCGAGCUGGAUCCUAUUCACGAGGCGGUCCGAGUCAUGCGCGAGAAGGGCUUGGUGGACAAGGAUGGAAACCCCAUCAAGAAGUCCAAGGAUGAGUAAAUGCAGACAUGACAUUUAUGAAUACUUCACCCUCAGCGUCGUGUCCAACUAGAACAGACCGACCAUUCCGGUGCCGGCACCAUCACAUCACGACUGGAGUACCCUUGGCCUCACAGCGUCGCCGGCUGUGCAGAGAUUCCGGGGCUCUUACGAAAAGUUUUCAAUCAAUCAAAUAGACAGUUUAAUCACAUAGCGUUGCAAAGGGAAUUCUUCGACAGGAAAUGUAUUGACUAGAGGAUAAUAGCAAUAAGUAUAAUACCAAAACAAUCUGAU